AUGUUGACUUAUUAUCUACAUUCCGAAAAUUCCGGCCGAUAUUUUCCGGGCAGGCCCGUAUCAUUAGUCUUAACUUGCAAUGAAGACUCUGACUGUAAAGAAACUACUUUGAUUUGCGUUAAUCACAUUUGCCAAGAUUCCGAUAAUCGAACUUUUAAUACCCCUUGCUCCGUUGAUAAUGCAUGCGCAAGCAAGAUAUGUUGGCCGUUUUCAAAUGGUCUUCUCGGAUGUACUCGUCUCCCAGGAGACGUUUGCAAUGCUGAUGAAGAAUGCCCACAACAUGUUUGUGUAAUAACAUGUGUAGAAAGUGACAAUCGUUCUCCUGGACAACUUUGCAUUGUUCAUCAAGCGUGUGGUCCGAAUGGCUUAUGUAUUAACAACAGAUGCGCUCAAGACAAUGAUACACUAUGCACAGAUGACACCAAUUGUAAGUCUUUGGUUUGUGGUAAAAAUACCACCAAGUGUCAAGAUAGGGAUGAACGUAACUUAGGAGAUCCUUGUCUAAUUGGUUUGGCGUGUAAAUCUGGUCUUGGAUGUCAUUCCCAAAAAUGUAGUGAUACUUCUGAAUAG